AUGCCAGCUCAAUUAGAUGGAUUUGUGCCUGCUCAUUGCAUAUUCUAUAGCUUGUUUCAUCCAACAGAAGGAACGAAAGUGAGACAUGAGUUUCCUCCAGGCUGCUUGGAAGCCAGCGGUAUAAAGUUUGACACUAUCAAAAAUUAUAUUAUUCCCAAACCACAGCUCUGUAACAAGCUUCUGACUUUCAAGUAUGGCUCAUAUCGACUGGUAUGCUAUCCAGUAACUGUGGUGGCUUCAUACUAUGCUCGGAAUUCUUUCAGUUUCAAUUUUGUGUUCGUGUUCCCUUAUGACUGUGCUACUUCCCCUUAUGAGCCGACCAUCAAGCGGCUCGGUAAAAUGUUCACAGUUUUAGAGGAACAGUCUCAACUUCUUUCAAAAGCUGAGAGAGAUUUGGUAUAUUUUCGUCUAAAAACCAAUGAUGCUCAUAAGCAUACCACGCAAGAUAACUCCCUAGACAAUGAAAAUCCAAACACACUAGGUGUAGCGGAUGGAAACCAAGCUCAGGAGCGAGGAUAUGCCUUUGAGAAGUAUCAGGAAAUAUUAAAGGAUUUGAGUGGUACCAGCAAGAGACUCGCCGUGGAUGAUUUGAUAACAAGAAUAUUCCAGGAUUUAAACAACUAUUCAGAAUGUUUAAUUCCCAUUGACUCAGGGAAUGCAGUUGAUAUAAAGUUAUUUCCUUUACUUUCUCCACCUAAUUCCUGCUUGUCAUUUGAGGACGUUCCAAUUUCGACGGUGAACUUGGCGAAGUUAAUCGAUGUCAAUUGGGAUCCAACAAUGUUAGGAAUUGUUCCCUAUAUCAACGGAAUAAACAGUAUUGCAAAAAUUGCUCGCUUUUGCAACAGUGAUCUCGACUUGGUCAUCGAAUGCAUAAAACACUUAAUAUACUAUAAUUGUGUGGCGCUCGUCGAUAUUUUUCAAUUUAGCAACAUUUAUGCCCCAACCAGCGAGCUCAAUCGUUUCCUCAUUGAUUCGACUUUAGCAGCAGCAUGCCAAUUGUAUGUCACAUUCAAAGACUCGACUGAAAUUUCGGUGCUUCCACUGGAUACACGAUCCAAGAGGCUAAGCAGUACCAGCAACGCAAGAAGCCGAAACUCGAGCGGUACUAUGGACAUUUCUCAGAAGGCGAGAUAUUUCGGACCAAGAGACGGAUCAUCUAUAUCAAAUACAGAGUCAUCGUUAAAUGGCUAUCAAAACACACCUCAAUCCCAUAACUCCUCAAUUCCAUUGCGCAGUAUGACCGAUGGUGGCCUCUCCCAAUCCGAGGGGGCUGGAUACGAAAAUGGAAUAACACUCCCUUCUAAAUCAUGUCUUUUUGAUUUGUACCGAUCUUUAUCGCAGGGUCAAACUGUCAGGGAAUGGUACCGAACCCAUUUCGAAAAGCUACGAUCUGCUCGAAUAGAUGUAAGAAGAUUUAUUACCUUUGGAACUAUACAUGGGUUAUUAUAUCGUUGUUAUUCUAUUCCAGUAGUAAAGAAUGUAGGCCUUUUGGAAAGUGUUAAAGCUUCCAGUUCUUCCAAAGACAUCAAUACCAAGCCCGAAGGGGGCCUAUCACACGGUGACACACUCAACAGUGUCUUUCCUGCUGCUGAUAUACAAGUGGCCGGUGGUAAUGCCAAUUCGAACUCACAUAGAGGAAGGACCAGAAACUUUUUAACAGCGGAUGCCGCAGAAGAAGCAUUGAAAGAUGUUUAUAGGAAGUUAAGGCUAGAAGAUAACCAAAACGGCUCUUCUAACAUGAAAAGUCCAAUGGCGAAAUUUUUAACUAAGGCAUCUAGCAACUCGCCGGAAAUAUCCCCGGUAGAUGGCUUGAAUUUUAGCGCGGACUCAAGGAAUAAAGUCGCGUUUGACAUGAGAAGGCCACUAACACCAGCUUCGGCCGACGAACGCAGAAAAGCGGAAGUGAAUCAAACCAUUGCCGAAAAGAAAGCGGAAGAACUCCUCUUGCUCCGGUCGAUAAGAGAUAUUGAGAAUUUCGAUAAAAUUUGUACGCGAUUAGAGAAGGACCGCGAAGAGGUUGAAGGCAUGAUACGCGAUCUAGGUCCCUAUCAAGUUAUACAUUCAUAA